UAAAGGGGAGGUAAAUUUAUCAGCUCCAGUGUAUUUCCAUUGUCUAAAAAUAAAUAAAAAUAAUUAGAUCACUGUGUUUGAAAGUGUUUGUUUACAUCGUAUAAAGCAUGAAAAUAACAUAUGAUAUAUAUGAUAUUAUUUAUAAACAUGUAUAUGUACACUUUACUGUACCACAAUAAGUAAGUUUGGUAAAUGUAAUAGCCAAGAGUGGACAACCCCAAAGGGUGUGUUUACAUUUUAAUGCUUAGGGCAAUUUUGGGCUUCUCAGUCAAAAGGUAUCUAUGUAGAUAAGACAUCUUAUUGUAAUUUACUAUAUCGCAAACGCCUUAAGAAAGCAUUAUAUAUUCACAAGAGAACUCCCAUAAAGGUGCAGUUCCAUUUACUCUCCGACGCAGAUGUGUUCAAAAUGAUAUCAACUCCAGUCAUCCUUAUAGCAAUAGUGGUACUGCCAGUGACAUUUUCAGUUGAGUCAUGCAGUUCAGACGCAGAUUGCCUAGGUUUUCAGUCUCAUUGCAUGAACGAGACAUGUGCUUGCACAGAGGGGUUCAUAGUGUACCCUGACUCCAUUAACUGCAAACAAGCUAGCUGUACAAUAGAUGGCUGUCUAGCCUGUGAGUCUGGGGCACAGCUAUGUACUAAGUGUGUCUUCUACUUGAGCAAGGAUCGAACUCAGUGCCUGGCAAGCUGUCCUUCAGGGCGUUCCAGGUUUGAUCUGACACUCGCCUUCCUGGGACCUAUAUGCACUGAAGACACUGAUGAUGAUGGUAAGGUGGUGAUAGAGAACCGUAUCAGCACAGACAUUGUUAUUGGUGUAAUAGCUGGGGUGUCUGGGGCGCUGCUACUAUGUGUCCUUGUGCUUAUUGGAUACUGCAUCCACAUACGACGCACACGACGGAAUGUGAACCUGAAUAAAACGCGCUAUGAUAUUGGUAACAUGCAAGAGGGACGCGUGAAGAAGGCACCUGGCUAUGACAACAUCGGUUUUGACAAAGCCAUAGAGCCGUCCCUGGUUCACAACCUGGUGGACCGUGAUGUGUACCUGCGGGAGAUAGAGAGGCUCCGACCCCACGCCCCCACACUGCUCACCAUGCUCAAUGAGAUACGCCACAAGCUGCGGGCCAUGGACAAGUCUGACGCACGCGUUCCUACUUAUAAGGGCGUGAUACACCAAUUGUGUCGGGUGCUGGUGAUCAUACACAGACGUGACCCUGGGGUUAGUAUUCCAUCAGACGCCCUGGGGCUCAUGGAGUGGGCCCAUCAGAUGAUUGAGGACAGACUGCUAGAUGUCGAACCAGCAGAAGAUUCUUUGGAGACUAAUCCAGUAAACAAGAUUUCUUAUAUUGAUAUUCCCCCAAAUUCCUCCAAAAGCAACCCAUAUGCUACUCCGGUUGUAAAGAAACCCAACCCUUACGCCACCCUCAAACGCAAUUCCCAACUCAGUUUGCUGAACAAUUCCAACCUAUCCAAUGGCAGCUUUUAUAGCAGUGUCCCAGUACCGGUUGAUUACAACAGAACUCUGGAACCAGUGGACCAACAGUCAACCUACCAUAUUUCAGCGUCUCAGAAUAACACCUUGAAAUCAAACGCUAAAGAAAAUCUCAAGCGACGGUAUGAAAUUCCCUGGGACCUGAAGAGAUACCAUGACAGUUUCUCAACUAUAAAUUGCUCUGGAUCUGACCUAACCAUGGGGUAUUUCGCUAAUGGACGAUUCUACGACCCCACACCCCGUUAUCCAACCGUACAACACGGCCCAGAGCCUGAGGUUUACGCACCAGUCAGUUCCUACAGUGACCAAAGCAACCCACCCAUGUUUUCUACGUUCACGGGUGGGGUCCAGCGUAAUCUGUCGGUAUCAUCAAACAGUUCAAGCAAUACAAUUAUUAACGACUCUAAAAAUCAGAAGAACGUUUUCAAGGGAAUCAAUCCCGAACUUGAGAAUACUGAUCAGGAUCUGGAUGGUGGUGGUAGUGAUGAUGAUGAUGAUUAUGACGAUGAGGAUUACCCUGCGGAGGGACUCCCUUUUGACAUCAACGACGCCACAGAACCAGUAGAAGUCUGAUCGAGUUUCUACCUAUGAGAAGUCAUUGUGCUACAUUAUCUCAUCUGCUGUUUUACUUCAUUAUCUCAAUGUUGCCAGGAGUUCAAGGAAUUUUUCAUGAAAUGUAUUUAGGUAAUGUUGUAAACUUUUAGACUAGUUCAAAUGUUCAAUUUAUUGUACUGAAAUAUAUAGAGAUCUGUCAGAGAAACUGUGCUGAAGAACAGUUGGAUAGAAUAUUUUUAAAUGCCAAUGUAUGUUAGAACGUGUAUCAUGGCAGGGAAUGUACAUGUUUUAUAAGUUGCUUAUAUUUUGAAAAUGAUGGUGUUUUGAGAUCUUCAUGUAGUUCACAUAUUGUAAACUUUAUGUUCAUUUUAUUCAAUUUAAAGCCUUUAUUCAUUCAUGUAGGGGCAUAUUUUGAAAUUUUCGGUUUGGUAUACCAUGUUUAUAUAAUACCUGUAUGUUUGUACUGUCUUUUUCCAUCCAUGUGUUUGUGGUAUUCUUUAUGCACACAUGUAGGUUUUAUAGCAGACAUUAUAUUACAUGAUCUGCAAGAAUUCUGAGAAGUUGUAUCAUGUAUUCGUUUUGUCAAUUAAAUAAAUUACAUUGAAUGCAUGAAGAUAAAAAAUGAAUUCCUAUGUUUUCAUGUUUAGUCAGUGACACUGUCGUAUUUCUGUUUUAUUCAAUUUAUAUUCAUUUUUAGCGAGGCUGUUUUCGGAGAAAACCCGAGCUAUUGUCAUAGCCAGCUCGUCCGCUGUCCUUCGUAGGCGUCGUGCUAAAACCUUAACAUUAGCUCUAAAAUCAAAGUGCUUCCACCUACAACUUUGAAACUUCAUAUGUAGAUGCACCUUUAUGAGUUCUACACGCCACACCCAUUUUUGGGUCACUAGGUCAAAGGUCAAAGUCACUGUGACCUCUAAUAUCAAACUUUAAAAUAGGCUCUAAAAUCAAAGUGCUUCCACCUACAACUUUGAAACUUCAUAUGAAGUUGCACCUUGAUGAGUUCUACAUGCCACACCCAUUUUUGGGUCACUAGGUCAAAGGUCAAGGUCACUGUGACCUCUUAUAUAAAACUUUAACAAAAACCUUAACAUUGCCUAUAAAAUCAAAGUGCUUCCACCUACAACUUUGAAACUUCAUAUGUAGAUGCACCUUGAUGAGUUCUACACGCCACACCCAUUUUGGGUCACUAGGUCAAAAGUCAAGGUCACUGUGACCUCUUAAAAAAAAUAAAUUCUGACAAGCUUUUUCAGCCGAGCGUGGCACCCGUUAUGUGGUGCUCUUGUUUUAGUUGUUGCAAUUGAUAAAGCUAUUACUGUAAGUAUAGCUGUGCAUGUAGUCAUGGUAACAGAAAUAAUCAGAAAUCAUUAGUAUGCACUUACUGCAGACAGAAAAAAAAUCGUAAGUUAUUGUUGUACAAAUGAAAAUGAUAAUUCAUGUGUUGGUUGGAUAGAAAAUCCUUUUGCACCGAGCCUUCGGUUGUAUGUAUAAAUGUAUACAUGAUAGUACGCACUCAACAACAGUUGUCUCAUACAAAAAUGUCAUUAUGUUUUGUUCAUUUAGAACAAUUUAAAAAAAUGUGUAUAAAAAUGAGCAUCAUCUAACUAUAUUGUGUACUGGUUGUACUUUCAUGCUCUUGUUACAAGGGUAGUUGAUGUCUGACAUAAGAUGGAUUUUCUGCAGAUUCUAAAUUUUACAAAGGAAACUUAAAUGCGCAUAUAUCAGUAUAUUUUAACUGCACAGUAUUCGUGACAGAACACAUUAAAUUCCAACUUAAAAUUACUCAAGACCUUCAAUAUUACCGAUACCCUACAUACAUUUAAAGUGCUCACUAUAUAGAAGGCCUUUUUUUCCUAGGAAAAUGAAUACCUUUCUGGUAUUUAAAUGUCAUUCCUUGACUUGUAAAAAUUUAAGUAGAAUGAGGAUAUUUUUCUCUUUUAAUUUCUGUUCCUUUUUUUUGUGUUCAUUUUAUUGUUUAGAGGUGAUAAGCUUAAAGAUGUUUUUGUUAAUAUCAGUAGAUUUGCUUUGCAUUUUUUAAUAAUCAGAGACAUGUUGUAAUUAAUUAUGGUAUUGGACUUCUUCAUAAUAUACAUAUUUUUACGGAAGUGAUAUAAACAAACAUUAAGCUACAGAUUGUCCUUAUGUUUCACUUUUAGAUAAUUAUUGUGUAAUGUAUUUUAAAUCUUUUGAUGGAUGUUGCCCCACACUUAAGUUUUUUUAAGGGAUUUGUUUGUCUUUGUUUUUUAGAAUUGAGCAAAGUCAUGUUUUACGUUAAAGCAGUUAGUUUAUUUAUGGAUGAUAUUCUGGUAAGUGCAAUGACCAAUUGUGAAUUUCAAACAAACAUUUACAUUACUAUUAAACUUAGUAUUUAUAAGGAAAUAGACCACUGCAUUAACUAAUAAAGCUUACAAUUACACUUACUGACUAUUACACUUUAGUAUAUAUAUUAUAUAUUUUUUAUACAUUUUUCUUUCAGUGCUUGCAAUAAUAAUCACUUCGGUGACAAUAUUACAUUUGUGUUCUCACAUAGUUUUUAUAUCCAGAUGUGUUCACAUACAUGUAAAGUGCUUGGAAAAAUUGACCAGAGUGUGCCUUGUAUCAUCAGUAGGUAUUUAAAAAACUGAUCACAAUAACUAUAUCAGGCUCAAUUUAACGUUCACAUACUAGUUCUACAAUCUACCGAGCCAGAACAUAAACUUUCUGAAAGUACAUGUACAUUUCCCAGGUUACAUAUGAGAUGUAAUACUCCAAACAUCAUAGUACAUCAAGUGUGAUAUUCCAUUUAUUAUAUACCUGAUUUGUUGUCCUAAAUUGCAAAACAAUCACUAACUUGUUUUUAUAAAUGUUUUGAGAAAUAAGGUACAACCUUAUAGAUGUUUGAUACAGAAAUUGAAAAACCCAAGUAGCAAUUAAGUACAACGUGGGACAUUAAUGAAUACAAUAUGUAAUUGUGUCAGAAAAACAAUACAAAGUUAGUGUGAAAUAAUUGUGCUUUGUAAAAUCAACCAUUAAAUCCGAGUAGAUACUCAAGACAAAUGUAUACUUUCAACAGAAUAAGUCAGUCUGAUAUUAAAUAUAAAGUUUUAAAGUGUUAAUUUUUUAGGCUCUGUAAAAUUCACUGAAAAUGUAUUAUGUAAGUGCCUAACAGAUGUAUAUGUAAAAUACAUUCACCUUUCAAUUAUGAAUAUAAUUAUGGAGUGUCUGGUCAAUUUGUUUCUAACUUUAGCUGCCUGUCUUUAUAUGUAGAGUAGAUUCGAUUUGGUUGAGGCAAUUAGCUCUAGAAGUUGCUGUGAUACUUGUUAACUUACUAAUAUGACUCAUAUUUAUAAUGAUAUUGUGUGCUGCAUGUAUUGAAUAUCCGUGGUAGGCUGAUACCAAUGAUGUAUUCAAACAAAUGCUUUAUGAAUGUGGCAACUGAAUUUCCAAAAUACAAGUACCAGUAAAUAUUUCAAAGGAUUUUCAUCACAACAUUUUGUUUGUAAAAAAAGGUAACAUUUUUAUAUUUCCUGCGUCAGUUUAACAAGUGUUUUGAACUAAUAGAAAAGAGACUCCCAGUAACAAACACAGUUUAAUAAACUAUAGUUUAAAAUGCUGUUAUUUCUUUCACUUAAUGAAGUUCUCUGAUUUAGGCUUUUACAUUUUCAAGAUCUCUUUAUUUUCCAAACGAACCAUUUUUUCCCUUAUAUACCAUGUUCAAGUGAUAAUGGCCACAUUGGCCAUAUUCUUGGAAAUUAUUAAAUGAACAUAUAUGUUUUAUUUCAAUAAUUUAUUAUAAAAGGAACACCAAACGUUUUUAUGCCCCCAGUAGGGUGGCAUAUAGCAGUUGAACUGUCCGUCAGUCAGUAUGUCAGUAUGUGUGUAUGUCAGUCUGUCCGUCCGUCCGUCCGAAAAAAACUUUAACGUUGGCCAUAACUUUUUCACUAUUGAAGAUAACAACUUGAUAUUUGGCAUGCAUGUGUAUCUCAUGGAGCUGAACAUUUUGAGUGGUGAAAGGUCAAGGUCAUCCUUCAAGGUCAAAAUGUCAAAUAUAUGGCAUCUGUCCGUUCGAAAACUUUAACAUUGGCCAUAACUUUUUCAAUAUAGCAACUUGAUAUUUGGCAUGCAUGUGUAUCUCAUGAAGCUGCACAUUUUGAGUGGUGGAAGUUCAAGGUCAAGGUCAUCCUUCAAGGUAAAAAAAAAAAAAAUCAAAGCGGCAUUCUCAUGAAGCUGCACAUUUUGAGUGGUGGAAGUUCAAGGUCAAGGUCAUCCUUCAAGGUCAAAAGUAAAAAAAAUAUUUAUUUUUUUCAAAGCGGCGUUCUCAUGAAGCUGCACAUUUUGAGUGGUGGAAGUUCAAGGUCAUCCUUCAAGGUCAAAGGUCAAAAAAAAUAUAAAAAUUCAAAGCGGCGCAAUUGGGGGCAUUGUGUUUCUGAUGAACACAUCUUUUGUUAUUUAUAAGGAUACCAAAAUUUUAAAUGGCUGGUAAAAUAUAACAAAAAGUGUGGAAAUUUAAUUAUUUGGUAUUUCUUAUAACAUGAAUACCGGAAUACUUGUCACCAAUGUCUUAACAUAUUUUGUAAUAAACAUAACACUCUUCAAACAA